GCGAGGCUUUCCUCAGAUAAUCAGUUAGCCAGCUCCUGUUUUUUCCUCCGAUGGCGCGCUGCUUGUGACUGUGAGCUUGCUGAAGGUCAAACUGAAUCUCUGGAUAGUAGACGCUAGUUUGGGGGAAAAACCUGUGGUCUUGGAGCAGGUCUGCAGACUGCCGGCUGAGGGGCUGUGGCUGGGUUAUGGGCUGUUUCUGGAGCUGUGAGUGUGACGCUGCUCAGAGUAAUCGGACAGCCACUAAUACCUGCUGCUGCUAACAGGAGGCGAUGGGGGAAGUUUCUUCACAGAGUCCCCGUCAGGAUAGAUCUGCACCUGAGGCCUACCACUGAGUCUGUGUUUUUUGGGAAGGCCUCUGUCGAUUCCCGGAGAAAGGAGACAUGGCCAACAACUCUUUUCGUGGGUCCAAACAUGGCCGACGUGGCGAGGCCAACCACGAGACAGAGUUCAGCUGCUCACUGCAGGAGCUGCGCUCGCUCAUGGAACUACGAGGAGCGGAAGCAAUAACUAGGAUCCAGGAGUGUUAUGGAGACGUUAAUGGACUGUGUGGCCGACUGAGGACGUCACCUGUCGAAGGUUUAGAUGGAAACUUGGAGGACAUCAACAGAAGGAAACAGGAUUUUGGACAGAACGUCAUCCCUCCUAAAAAGCCUAAAACCUUUGUGCAGUUAGUGUGGGAAGCCCUGCAGGAUGUGACACUCAUCAUCCUGGAGGUGGCAGCCAUCAUUUCACUAGGCCUUUCUUUCUACAGUCCACCAGAUGCUGAGAGACAGAACUGUGGCGAAGCAGCUGGUGGUGUAGAGGAUGAGGGUGAGGCGGAGGCCGGAUGGAUCGAAGGCGCUGCCAUCCUGCUGUCUGUGGUGUGUGUGGUGCUGGUGACGGCCUUCAACGACUGGAGUAAAGAGAAACAGUUCCGCGGCCUCCAGAGCCGCAUCGAGCAGGAGCAGAAGUUCACCGUGGUCCGAGGGGGGCAGGUGAUCCAGAUCAAAGUGUCUGAGAUCGUAGUAGGAGACAUCGCACAAGUCAAAUAUGGUGACCUCCUCCCUGCAGAUGGUGUCUUGAUCCAGGGCAACGAUCUGAAGAUUGAUGAGAGCUCUCUGACCGGAGAGUCGGAUCAUGUCAAGAAGACUCUCGACAAAGACCCCAUGCUGCUGUCAGGUACCCAUGUGAUGGAGGGCUCUGGCAAGAUGUUGGUCACUGCUGUAGGUGUGAACUCCCAGACUGGAAUUAUCUUCACUCUGCUCGGUGCUGGUGAAGAAGGUGACGGCGAUGGUGAAGACAAGAAAGACAAGAAGAAAGAGGAGCGAAAAAAGAGAAAAAGGAGAAGAAAAGUAAGUAAAAAAGAAGACAAAGGCAAGAAAGGAAAAAGCAAGGAUGGAGCCACCGUGGAGAUGCAGCCACUUAAUGAAGACGGAGAACAAGACAAUAAGAAGAAAAACCUACCAAAGAAGGAGAAAUCUGUCCUGCAGGGGAAGCUGACCAAGCUGGCUGUGCAGAUCGGCAAAGCAGGCCUGUUCAUGUCUACUAUCACUGUCAUCAUCCUCAUCACUCGCUUCCUGAUCGAUACCUUCUGGAUUCAGGGGGUUGUCUGGAGCGCUGAAUGUGUGCCCAUCUACGUUCAGUUUCUGGUCAAGUUCUUCAUCAUCGGUGUGACGGUGCUGGUGGUGGCUGUGCCUGAAGGUCUUCCUCUGGCUGUCACCAUCUCUCUGGCCUAUUCAGUCAAGAAAAUGAUGAAGGACAACAACCUGGUUCGCCACCUGGAUGCCUGUGAGACAAUGGGCAAUGCCACAGCCAUCUGUUCCGAUAAGACGGGCACCCUGACGAUGAACCGCAUGACGGUGGUGCAGGCCUACAUCGCUGGACACCACUACAAAAAGGUGCCAGAGUCGGACCUUAUUCCUGUAAAGAUCCUGGACCUGCUCACCCUUGGCAUAGGGGUCAACUGCGCCUACACCACCAAGAUUAUGCCUCCAGAAAGGGAAGGCGGACUGCCUCGCCAGGUGGGAAACAAGACAGAAUGUGCCUUACUGGGAUUCACACUCGACCUUCACCGAGACUACCAGAGCAUCCGCAAUGAAAUCCCAGAGGAGAAACUGUUCAAGGUCUACACCUUCAACUCUGUGAGGAAAUCCAUGAGCACUGUGCUAAAGAACCAUGAUGGCAGCUACCGAAUGUUCAGCAAGGGAGCCUCUGAGAUCCUGCUCAAGAAGUGCUGUCAGAUCUUAAUGUCCAGUGGUGAAGCCAAAGCCUUCAAAUCUCGAGACCGAGAUGACCUGGUGAAGAGGGUGGUGGAGUCCAUGGCAUCAGAGGGUCUGAGGACCAUCUGCCUCGCCUACAGAGACUUUCCUGCCUCUGAGGGAGAGCCUGACUGGGACAACGAGGCCCAAAUCCUCACUGGCCUCACAUGCGUUGCUGUAGUUGGCAUUGAGGACCCAGUAAGACCUGAGGUACCAGAUGCCAUCAGAAAGUGCCAGCGGGCAGGCAUCACUGUCCGCAUGGUGACUGGAGACAACAUCAAUACAGCCCGGGCCAUCGCCACUAAGUGUGGCAUCCUGCAUCCUGGAGAUGACUUCCUGUGUUUGGAAGGCAAAGAGUUUAACCGAAGGAUCCGCAAUGAGCUGGGUGAGAUUGAACAGGAGCGUAUUGAUAAGAUUUGGCCCAAGCUGAGGGUCCUCGCCAGAUCAUCUCCAACGGACAAACACACUUUGGUCAAAGGUAUCAUUGACAGCACAGUGCUAGAGCAGAGCCAGGUUGUUGCAGUAACUGGAGAUGGCACAAACGAUGGUCCAGCACUCAAGAAAGCGGAUGUUGGCUUUGCCAUGGGCAUCGCAGGGACGGAUGUAGCAAAGGAGGCAUCCGACAUCAUCCUGACAGACGAUAACUUCAGCAGCAUCGUGAAGGCCGUUAUGUGGGGCAGGAAUGUUUAUGACAGUAUCUCCAAGUUCCUGCAGUUCCAGCUCACUGUCAAUAUAGUGGCUGUCAUCGUGGCCUUCAGUGGAGCCUGCAUUACCCAGGACUCUCCUCUGAAAGCUGUGCAGAUGUUGUGGGUCAACCUCAUCAUGGACACCUUCGCUUCGCUGGCUCUUGCCACUGAGCCACCGACGGAGGCGCUGCUGCUCAGGAACCCGUACGGCCGCAAUAAGCCGCUCAUUUCCCGCACCAUGAUGAAGAACAUCCUGGGACAUGCUGUCUACCAACUGACUACCAUCUUCCUCCUGCUCUUCUUAGGUGAGAAGAUGUUCGACAUCGACAGCGGCAGGAACGCCCCCCUCCACGCCCCGCCCUCAGAGCACUACACCAUCGUGUUCAACACGUUUGUCCUCAUGCAGAUUUUCAACGAGUUCAAUGCCCGCAAGAUCCACGGAGAGAGGAACGUCUUUGAGGGUGUCUUCAACAACAUCAUCUUCUGCGCCAUUGUCCUGGGAACCUUGAUCAUACAGAUCUUGAUCGUUCAGUUUGGUGGGAAGCCGUUCAGCUGUGUGAGGCUGACUAUUGAGCAGUGGCUGUGGUGCAUCUUCCUGGGAGUUGGCAGUCUCCUGUGGGGACAGCUUGUGUCCAGUAUUCCCACUAAAUGGCUGAAGUUCCUGAAAACGGCGGGUCACGGCACGCAGCGAGAGGAGAUCCCAGAGGAGGAGCUGGAGGAGAUGAAGGACAUGGAUGAGAUCGACCACGCCGAGAUGGAGUUGAGGAGGGGCCAGGUGCUCUGGUGCCGUGGCCUCAACCGCAUCCAGACACAGAUCCGUGUGGUGAACGCCUUCAGGGACAGCGUGUCCCCCUACGAGGGUCUGGAGACACCCGAAGCUCGCAGCUCCAUCCACAACUUCAUGUCCCACCCUGAGUUCCGCAUCGAGGACUCAGAACCUCAUAUCCCCCUGAUUGAUGAAAAUGAGAGUGAGGAUGAUCCCCCCACCAAGCGAAAUUCCGUCAUCAUCCCGCCACCACUGACCGGCCUGUCCACCCUGCCCCCUCUCCCGUCCUCACCCAACCAGAACAACAACGCCAUGGACCGCAUCAUCCCACUGCACAAGGACACCUCCAGGCCUGGUCUGAUCCCGUCCAAUUCAGCGGGGCUGCCCCCCUGUCCGGGAAGCCCCCUGCACAGUCUGGAGACCUCGCUCUGAAGCCCCAGCCCAGAUGUGACCACCCCCCCUCACUAUGGUCUGCUGGUACUGUGCUUGUUACAGCAAGAGGUCUGAUUCUUCUGCGAGCUGAAGAGUGAAAAAACAAUUUAAAAACAGACUCGUCUGAUUUGUUCUCGUCAGGAGUUCAACCUGCUGGUUUUUUAGGAUCCAGGAAGCAGAGAUGUUUCCAUGUUUGUGGUUCCGUUCAGAGUGACGGCGGCUCACACAGACUGAUGUUUCCUUCUUUAAUAGACAUUCACUCUGCAGUUGUUGUUUAGGAGAAGAGUGUUUGUGAGGUGAUCAAUCAGUAAUCAGUUUCUGAUGUGUAAAUAUUCAUGUUGAUGUAGUCAGAGCUCAUUUUCAUCUACAGUGUUUCAGUGUGUCAGCAGACGAGUUGACGUGAGCAGACGGUGAUGAGUAAAGGUUAGUUUUGUGUCGAGGUUUAAGUUGAAAAUUUGUGACUGAAAUGUUUAGUGUCAGGCAGCUUUACUGAGAGGAGAAUUUUAUUCUCACCGAGAUGUGAUUGUAGUCCGAAAGGUUUAAAUUAAAUGUCUGAUGUUGGAAA